AUGACAGGCUUCGGAUCCCCCUGUGGAGCUUGCAAGUUCUUGAGGAGGAAGUGCGCCAAAGGCUGCGUUUUCGCUCCAUACUUCUGCCAUGAGCAAGGCGCUGCGCAUUUUGCAGCCAUCCACAAGGUGUUUGGCGCCAGCAAUGCCUCCAAGAUCCUCUCACAGAUUCCGGUGUCCAGCCGCGCCGAGGCGGCGCUGACUAUAUCUUAUGAAGCUCAAGCCCGUCUCCGGGACCCUGUCUAUGGCUGUGUAGCUCACAUCUUUGCCCUACAACAACAGGUGGCAAAUUUGCAAGCACAGAUAAACAAUCUCAAGUCACAGGCAGCCCAAUUAGGCCUUGCUAAUAACAGCAUUUCUAACCCCGCUCAAGGAACUUUGGCUGAUCAUCAUGCACAAUUCCCCUACUCACAAGACUCAAGUACGUAUAGCAUGGACGCCAUUAGAGCUGCUCAGUGGAGCACAGGAAUGGCGAAUUAUGAAGAUUGUGGUCUCUUCUGUAAUGAAGGCGCAGUGGAGCACAGCAGCAAUGGCGCCACUGGAAGCUCCUCCACGAGCGUGAGUGAAGAACCAUGGCGUUUCGGCGAUUUUUCGCAGACGAUGGACGCUCUUGCGAUGCAGAUGGAAGCAAGCAAGUUCUCAUACCAAGAGAUGGACGGCUGGGAUCAGGAGCUGCAGUCCUUUUCGGCUGGCUUUAAUCACCAUGGCUGA